CUCGGCAUUUAGCGGCCAUUUUCGACGAAUCUUCGUUUUCUGUUUACAUCGUUCAAGUUGAAAGCUGCGAAUUUCGAAAGUCUUUGCAAUUUAAUUACCAAAAAAUCAACAAAUUAGCAUAAAUACUGUAUAAAAUAGUUGAAAAUGUCGCGUAGCGUUAGAGCAGAAACUCGUAGCCGAGCAAAAGAUGACAUCAAACGGGUAAUGAAUGCUGUGGAAAAAGUGAGACAUUGGGAAAAGAAAUGGGUAACCAUUGGCGAUACCACCAUGAAAAUUUACAAAUGGGUGCCUAUAUCUAAUUCAGAAAAGAAAAAAGUGAGCAACGCUAAUAAGAGCGAUAAGGAGAACUCGCAGAAAGGCACGCCAACUCCACCGCAAAUAACGCCCUAUGGCGGUCUGACUGCGGAAGAUUCGAACACCUGUUUCUCCAUGGUAAGCGAUUCACAAGGUGCCACCGAAUUUGUCUCUAGCAUGCCAUUUUCUGAGGACUCCAACUCUCAAGGCAGCGAAGGACCAGUGAAACGACUAAAAACUAGUGAUUAGUCAUACUAACAACAUAAAAACAUUUCGCAUUCGCUGCAACUCACAAUCAGUCAAACUCGAAACGAAGCAAUUUUCAUAAAUGGAAAAUAGUUUACAUUAUCGAAAAAAAACAACAAAAUAGUUUCAUAACUACAAUGAAUUUUUUGUGCUUGGUAAUGCAGUAUACUAUUGCCGCCGAAACUACAUACUGCAUAAAAAUUUAUAGUACUAUUCUAAAGUACUGUUGCUAACUAAUUUUACGUUUAAGCGAUUUAUAUUAAAUAACCUUAAUUUACUGACAUAUAUGAAGAGUGCGCCUAGCUUAGUCAUCAUUAUUGUAGUAUUAAGUGGAUUCCUCCAAACUUGUAAUGUACAUAGUAAUAUUCUAUUUUCGUGCAUUUGGACGAAAACUGAGUAUUUGCCCUUGGAGAACGCGUACCGAUCUUAUAAAUAAUGUUGAUUAUAAUGAAGUCAUGUUCAUUGUAUUAUUUAAUUUUUAUUAUUUUUUCUUAGUUAAUGGUAGUGCGAGCAGACAAUUUGUAAUAAUAGCCCGCAUAAACGCCUACCUCCUAUAUAACGAUAGUUUGCAGUAAUAUGAAUACUACCACAAUAAUUCACUAAUGACAGAAUUUAUUCUUUUGAAAUUGGUAUCUACAGUCAACCACAAAUUUUUAGGCGCAGAGAAUUCUUCGAAUUAUUAUUUUUUAGUUUAAUUUCGUUUUGCAUUUUUUUUUUUAAUAUAUCAU